AUGGAGACAACAAUCAUCGUGGAAGAGAUAAAGCUUGGGUGCAAAGAUGGCAGCCGUCAAGAGAGAGAAGAGGACGCAAGGGCGUUGGGACGUCAAUCGUUAAGAAGAGAGAAGAGGGCGCUAGGGCAUUGCUGGAGGCGCAUUGCCUGGAGAUUGGAGACGUAUUGCCUGGGGUUUGGAGGCGCAUUGUCUGGAUUUGGAGGCUCUUCAACAAGCCACGAAAUUAAGCUCCCAAGUCAACACACCUCCCUCCGGGUAAGGCAGCCGGCACACAAGGUCAGCAGUGAGUACAUCGCCAAGUACAACAAAGCAACAGAGAUCAUGCGAAAUCUCCCCCCAUCCGACCCCCGGAAUUUCAUGCAACAAGCAAACAUCCACGCCCUCUACUGCGAUGGCCCAGACGGUGACAAAGACGGCCUCGGCAAAUAUAUUCAAUUUCUAGUCCACAACAGUUGGCUCUUCUUUCCCUUCCACCGCUGGUACGUCUACUUUUACGAGAAAAUAUUGGGUAACCUCAUAGGUGACCCGAACUUCGCCUUGCCCUUCUGGAACUGGGACCAUCCGGAUGGGAUGCAAAUACCGGACAUGUAUACCGACGAAUCAUCCGCGUUGUACGACCUAAACCGAAGCACCGCUCACCAGCCGCCCACUACCGUCGACCUCGACUAUCAUAACGGUAAAGCUCCUAAGCCCCGCGAGGAACAAGUGGACGAUAAUCUCUACGGCGUCAUGUACAAGAAUAUGGUUUCUGGAGCGAAACUCCCGUUGCUUUUCUUCGGCUCCCCGUAUCGUGAAGGAAGCACGACCACGCCCGGCAGCAUCGAGAAGCACCCGCACAACUGUGUCCACAUCUGGACCGGCCAUGAAAUAACGCCCCAAACGCCGCUGGGCGAGGACAUGGGCGCCUUCUACUCUGCAGGCCGAGAUCCCAUCUUUUUCGCCCACCACGCCAAUGUCGAUCGGAUGUGGAACAUUUGGAAGACAUUAGAUGGCCCGAAGAGGAAAGACAUCACGAAGCCGGACUUUCUAGACUUCUCGUUCGUGUUCUACGACGAGCACGCCCAGCUUGUUCGUGUCAAGAUCAGAGAUUGCCUCAACACCGAGGUGCUCGGCUAUGUUUAUGAAAAGGUCGAGCUUCCCUGGCUCAAAGAAAGGGGCAUGCCCCAUACCAGACUGGCCGUGCCGCGUAAUCCUAAUGUGAGGAAGGUGGAGCUCACCGAUUUCCCCAUAACUUUGAAGGGCUCGGCAGUUACUAUAGUGGUGCCGAGGCCGGCGAAAAAGGCGAGGAGCAAAGAGGAGAAGGAGGAGGAAGAGGAAGUGUUGGUGGUUGAAGACAUUAGUUUCGAUGGAAUAUUGCGUGUGAAGUUUGACGUGUACGUGAACGACGAGUAUGCACCUGGUCCUGCCAACGCCGAGUUCGCCGGAUGCUUCGCAAACGUGCCUCAUAAGCAUAAACAUGGUGGAGAUCACCACCAUAUCCACAAGGUUUCGCUUAAUCUUGGGAUAACGGACUUGUUGGAUGAGAUCGGAGCCGACAAUGAUGACUCCGUAUUCGUCACUUUCGUGCCGAAUAAUAGUUAUCCGGUUACCAUUGGUGGCAUCAAGCUUGAGCUGCUUUCUUAA